ACUCGUGCGCAAAGGCCUUGAAAAGAUUGUCGAAAAUUGACCCCAGUCAAUCCGGAGUGUGCUGUGUGUGUGCCCCGAGUAUAUUGGAAGAAGCGAAGAAGCAGCAGAGACGACUAAAACUCAAACCAAUUGCAAUAUAUUAUAGUGGUCAGGGAGCCACCACUGUGGCACCCUGCACUCAAGUUACACACACGACCCUUUCCCUAAUCCAAAUAACUUUUCCCAAAACAAAACCAAACAUGAUGAUUCAGGAGCCUGUUCAGGCAGCCAUAUGGCAUUGCAUGAACUACUACGACCACAAAGAUGCUGUCUUUUUGGCGGAGCGCCUGUGCUCUGAAGUGGAAUGCGACGAGACGAUAUUUCUACUGGCCACCAGCUACUUUCGCUCCAAUCUCGUGCACCAGGCCUAUUGGCUGCUCAAGGAAAAGGGACGCCGAUCGGCCCAGUGCCGCUUCCUCCAGGCCAAGUGCGCCUAUGAGCUGAAGAAGUUUGCCGAGGCCGAGAACGCUCUGAUAACCACUGGCUUUGCGGACGCGAAAAACUUUGAAGAGCUGCAGCGUGACUUUGGGGAACUGGCCUGCUUUGCCUACCAGCUAAUAGCCCAAAUUUGCAUAAAGACCGAGCGCAACAAGCUUGCCGUAACUGCCCUGAGGCGGGCCCUGAAGCUGAACCCCUUCAUGUGGCACGCCUUCGCGGAUCUGUGCCUGCUGGGUCAAGACAUCGACACAGCGUCCAUAUUCCAAAUCCAGAGCCCGGAUGUGUUCAACACCUGCCAAGGUAGCAGUGCCAAUGCUACUUCCAUGGUGCUAUUUGGCAAUGAACAGCAACAGCAUCAGCAGGUACAGCAAACGGCUCUGGAGAAUCUACUCACAAACAUAAGCAAUAGCUCCAAUUACGUUUGGACCACACCGGUGGAUCAUCAUCAGCAGCAGCAGUCACAGCAACAACCACAGAAUCAGAACCAGCAUCAGCUUGGGAUAAACAACAGCAGCAACCUGAUGACGCCCAUCAACAAUAACAACAUCAACAACAAUCUCAACAGCUCCAUGAUCAUUCUACGUGGCGGAGGCGGAGUUGCGGCCCAGAACUCCAGCAUGCUGGCGAUGUUGGAAGAUACGCCCAUGGGCUGUCCUCAAGAGACGGGUCAACAGCAGCAGCAGAGUCAAUUGUACGAUGUCAGCAGUGGGACUCCGUUUCGUAAACAAUUCAAAUACCUAUCCACAAUCUCGCCCACCACUCCCAGCUUUGGCGUAUGGCCCUUGUCAAGUCCCUGCACUGGAAGCGAUGGUUCCUUCGUCGGAGGCGGUGGCAGCGGCAACGGAACCAUUACACCUGUCAUGAAUAUCACAUAUUCCCCCGUGCCCCAAAUGCUGGUCGAGGUUAAUCAGGAGCCCAAGAUGAUGGGCAAGAAGCUAAAGACGCACGUGGGGGGACUGAUAAGCCGCAAGGACAGCAGCAGUAACAGCAACAAGCCCGCCGUCUUCACCCAAACAGGCAAUAUAACGCCGCGAACGCCCAACAAUAAUGUGGGCAAUGGCAAUAAUCUUAAUGUACCGCCCAAUCCCAACGCAGCUGUGCGCCGCAGCUCGCGUCUGUUCAGCAACUCCGCCUACUCUGUGAAGGAGAACAACAAGUCGCCGAACAUAGGCAACAAUAAGUUUGUGCAGCCACGGUCGCCGCCCAGGAAAACCAAGUCCCGCAUGACGAAGAUCUGCCUGAACAACGAGCUGAUUGAGGAGAAGGCCAGCCACUUGUCGGACAAGCUGAGCGAGAAGCAGGCGCGCAAGGAGAAGGUCGAGACCAUUACGUCGGCGGGCAACAACAACAAUAACCGCAGUGCUGCCGAGGAGGCCAAGGUGCUGCUCAACAACAGCCUAAACAAUGCCCAGACCAUGGCCCAUCAGCUGCUGAGUCUGAAGAAGCAGUCGGCUGACGGUCUCAUGUCGCUGCUGCGCGAUCUGGCCGAGGCCUACAAGCUGCUCUCGACAUUUCAGUGCAAGGCUGCCAUUAAGCAGCUAGAGACGAUACCAAAGCAUCAUUUGAAUUCCAGUUGGGUGCAGUCCCUGAUUGGCGUGUGCAGAUACGAGAUGAGGGACUACGAAGCGGCGGUGGUGCUCUUCGAGGGCAUACACAAGGCGGAGCCAUGUCGUCUAGACUACAUGGAGAUAUACUCGACAUCCCUAUGGCAUUUGCAGAAGGAGGUAGAGCUUUCCUCGCUGGCCCAGGACCUGAUCAGCCAGAACAAGAGCAGUCCAGUGACCUGGUGUGUGUCUGGCAACUGUUUCUCCCUGCACAAGGAGCACGAGACGGCCAUUAAGUUCUUCAAGCGCGCCGUCCAGGUGGAUCCCGACUUCGUAUACAGCUACACCCUGCUGGGCCACGAGCUGGUGCUCACCGAGGAGUUCGACAAGGCCAUGGACUACUUCCGAGCGGCCGUCGUUCGGGAUCCCAGGCACUACAAUGCAUGGUUCGGCAUUGGCACCAUCUACUCCAAGCAGGAGAAGUACGAACUGGCCGAGAUCCAUUACAUGAAGGCCUUGAAGAUCAAUCCCCAGAACUCUGUGAUCCUGGUGCAUAUCGGGACGAUUCAGUUCUACAUGAAGAAGAAGGACCUGUCGCUCCAGACCCUCAACACGGCUGCCACGCUUGAUCCGAAGAAUCCGCUGGCGCGAUUCCAUCGGGGCUCGAUAUACCACUCGCUGGGCAAGUACCAGGAGGCUUUGCGCGAGCUGGAGGAGCUCAAGGAGAUUGUGCCAAAGGAAUCUGUGGUGUUCUAUCUCAUUGGAAAAAUACACAAGACUCUGGGCAACAUGGACCUGGCCCUAAUGCACUUCAGCUGGGCCACAGAUCUCGAUCCUAAGGGGGCCAACAAUCAAAUCAAAGAUGCCUUCGACUCGAUGGCCCACCCCAGCUGCUGUACGGCCAACACGACUGCCCUCGAUGUCGAUCUCGAGCCCACAUCCGAGCGAUCUGAUGACUCGACGCAGGCUCAGCAGGAUGUCAGCUACGACAGUGACUAUUAAAUGGGUCUGUGACUCCUGUUGCGAUGCUGAUGAUGGUUGUACAUACAUUUACGUUAAAAAAAAAAAAACAAAGUAUAGCCACGAUUGCUGCUGUCGAUUGUCGUAAAAGUAGAAGAAUGGGAAGGAAAACCAAUUAUUGAAGUAUAUAUAAAGUCUAGAUAUCGUUUAGAAUUAGUAACUUAAAAUAUACAACAAACAAAACAAAAACGUAAAAGGUUUAAACAAAAUUGUGCACUCUGAAAGUCUAAGGCAAACAUAACAACAUAAAAAA